UUAGACAGCACUGUUGCGCCUUGUGUCGUGGUUUUCCGUGUGAGCGUCAACUACUUUGGUUAUUUGCUAGCGCCAUGACACGUAUUACACGAGAAACAGGUGACGUUUAAGGCGUCAACUGGACCGGAACUUCUUCACGAGCUAAUUGUGACACAAGCCAAAACAACUAAUCACAAUGGGCAGAAAAGCCAAGUUCAGUGAGCUUGCUACAUCUGGAAGACGUCCAAAGCUGAAGCCUAAGCAUCAGCUGGCUCCUGUUGAUUCAAAGCAAAGAACAAGAUGAAGAAAAAAAUAAACAAGGUGUCAGUUGCUCCUAAAAAGUUGAACAGGGUGAAUGAGAAGUCCUAUGGUUCUGCUAAGACCAAAGCUACAAAGAACUACCAAAGUGCUCCCAGACAGUGAAGAGGAUGAAGAUGACGGACGAAAAUUCUUCCGAAAAUGAAGAUAUAGAAGCAGAACCCCAGCCCUUCACAGAUGAAAAUGAUGAGUGGCUGAAGCCGAAGAAGGUAUCCCUAAUGGACUCGGAUGACUCGGGUGAGUCAGAUGGUGCGAUGGGGGACGACUUCGGUGAGGACGCCUCUGAUGAUGGCGAUUCGCCGGACGAGGAAGGGAGCAGUGACGACGAUGAGAGUGAGGACGAGGCCGGCUUGCUGCCGGUCGAGCGGGCGGCCAAGCGUCUGCUGAAGGAGGAGGCGAAGGAGAAGCGUCUGGCGCAGGCUGAGCUGGACAGCUCGGAGAUCAACAUCGCUGAAGAGGACAAGUUUGUUUUGCCAUCAGCUGAGGAUCAGGAGCGCGAAGCGAGCCUGCCGGCAGACCUUCAGACUCUGAAGACACGCAUCCACGACAUCGUGCACGUGCUCAGCGACUUCGCCAGCCGGCGGCAGGCGGACCGCUCGCGCCAGGAGUACGUCCAGCAGCUGCGGAAAGACCUGUGCCUCUACUACAGCUACAACGAGUUCCUGAUGCAGCACCUGAUGGAUCUGUUCCACGUGUCGGAGCUGCUGGACGCGCUCGAGGCGAACGAGAUCCAGCGGCCGGUGACAAUCCGCACCAACACAUUGAAGGCGCGGCGCCGCGACCUGGCGCCCAGCCUGAUCGACCGCGGCGUCAACCUGGACCCGAUCGGGCCCUGGUCCAAGGUGGGCCUGGUGGUGUACAGCUCGCAGGUGCCGAUCGGCGCCACGCCCGAGUACCUGGCCGGACACUACAUGCUGCAGGGCGCCUCCAGUAUGAUGCCCGUGCUGGCGCUGGCGCCGCAGGACGGCGAGACUGUGCUCGACAUGUGCGCGGCGCCCGGCGGCAAGACCACCUACAUCGGCGCACUCAUGAAGAACACCGGUAUGAUAUACGCCAACGACUCGAACUCCGAGCGCAUCAAGGCCGUGGUGGGCAACCUGCACCGGAUGGGCGUGACCAACGCCGUCAUCUCGUGCGUGGACGGUCGCGAGCUGCCCAAGGUGCGCUCGGGCUUCGACCGGGCGCUGCUGGACGCGCCCUGCUCGGGCACGGGCGUCGUCGCCAAGGACCCGGCCGUGAAGACGUGCAAGGACGAGAAGGACAUCCAGCGGUGCGCGCAGCUGCAGCGCCAGCUGCUGCUGGCGGCCAUCGACUGCGUCAACGCCAAGUCGGCUACCGGCGGCUACGUCACGUACUCCACCUGUUCCAUAUUGGUUGAGGAGAACGAGGCGGUCAUCGAGUACGCGCUCAACAAGCGCAACGUUAAGGUCGUGCCCACCGGCCUGACGGUCGGCAAGGAGGGCUACGUCAAGUUCAAGGCGAAGCGGUUUCACCCGAGCAUGUCGCACACGCGUCGCUUCUAUCCGCACACGCACAACAUGGACGGCUUCUUCGUGGCCAAGCUGAAGAAGUUCUCCAACACCAUUCCGGGGACGGAGCCGGCGCCAGAGGAGCCUGCGCCGCCGGCCAAGAAGCGCAAGGCCGAGCCUGACAGCGACGAGGGCUUCGACGACAUGGAAGAGUCCCGGUGUGUCGCCAUCUGCCAGGGAAAAGCCCCGAAAGAAGACAAAACAGCAGCACUCGCCUGGCGCGAAAAAGGGGGAUUCAAAAGCGGUCGCCGAAGGGGAAGAAGUGGACCGGGUCGGCAAGUCCGAAGGUGCAGCAUCAGAAAAAGAAAAAGAAGUUCGGGAAGUCUUAGGAUUGUUUGUGACGAACUGUGUAAUGCUGGUGGGGUCGGUGUUGCAUCAUUCGGGGGUUUGUCGACGGCGGGACGCUGUCGAGGUGGUAUCUCUGAACGCGCCAUAGCUGUGAGGGGGAGCUCUUGUUGGUUGGUAAACCACUGCUCGGGCUCGUGGCCUAUGCAGGGUGGCCUGACGCUGGUGCUUGCUGAAUGCUGGAUUGAAGGAGCCCUUCGGUUGAAGAGCUCUUGUUUAGGUCAUAGGCGCACGCAAACAUGUCGUUUAUGUCCACCUGUCAUACGCAUGCGUGUCAUGUUACGUACUCAUUUCGAUGUUGUAGUGCUGACAUCAGCUAUUUCCUCAACAGCAAAAGUUUUUUUUUUCGGUGCAGUGAGAUGGACCAAUAAAAGUGACCCAGAAUGGAUCAGCCUUUGGCACUAG